AUCAGCCGAAUCAAUGCACUCUGAAACUGCCAGCUGCUCUGACUGAAGACUAGAAGACAUCAUAAUUUUCAAAAAUGAAGACCCAAACAAUCUAUUUGCUGCUGACUACAAUUGUAAUCAGUCUGGCUGCUCAAGGUCUGUGCAUGGGAAAAGUAACACAUUCAAGAUGCAGAUGUGCAGCAGUCAUCGCUCGUUUUAUUUCACCAAAAAAAUAUCAGCAUAUUGACAUCUAUCCUCAGGGUUCCUUCUGCAGAAAAGUAGAGAUCAUAAUUACCCUGAAGGAUGGGAUGAAAGUCUGUGUGAAUCCCAAGUCUAAUUGGGUCAAAAAGGUUAUUAAUCUCAUGAAUGAAGAAACUGAAGACUCUACUGCAUCAAAUUAAAAUAGUUCACCGACUGAAUGAACAUCAAUUGUUCCAACAUAAGAUGAACGUUUACUGUUCCCUGAGCCAAGUUUUUGUUGAAGUUACACUGUAACAGCUUUAGCUAUAGAUGAAAUGUUUUCUAUUUUCCUAACUUUUAAUGCAACUUUUGUCAUUAUUCUGUAUAAUUUCUUUUAGCAUGCCAGUAAUCUUUUGUGCCAUUUUUACUUAGUUUCUAGGGCAUAAGUUGAAAUGUUUCAAAAUAUUUCAGUCAGUAAGUUGAAAUGUCUGAACAAAAUUCAAAGUAUAAAAGAAGUUUAACUUUAUUUUUCUAGUAUCCAAGCAUAUUAAAAGCAAUAAUUAUUCUCUCAUUCCAGUGUUGAGUAGAUUGCUUGAAAAUGUAGAUGUUUUAUAAUGGUUUUGUAAAAAUGGCUAAGUGUUUGGUUUUAGGAAUUCCAGACUUAAAACCGAAGUAAAUUCAAUGGUAAUGUAAAGGCAAUAUCAGCUGAUAUGUCACAUCCUAAAAUGUAACAUAUUUUAGUUGUUAGUCUGUUGAUAAUUGACAAUAAAGUUUUAAUCAUGAUUUCAUA